AUGUUCGCCGUCAGAGGAUCGGAAGGGCCUCCGACUUCGUCCCCACCUGUACGUACCCGACAAAUUGCUACAAACAACACACCUCUCAGAUUUGAGCAAAGGUUGAAUCAUGGCUAUCGCCAGGCUUAUCUCACCCAAGGGGAUCGACUCGCGGACAUCUACCGGUUUUACAAAGCCGAAGGCAGGUCAUACCCUUACCUCAAUUACAACGAUGAAGCUCUCGUACCGAGAACCGCGAAAUACGUCAUUAUCGGCUCAGGAAUCUCCGGCGCACUAACAGCCUUUAAGUUGGUCGAGGGUGGUGUAACAGGACCAGACAUCAUCAUACUGGAAGCAAGGGAAGCAGCCGGCGGCGCCAGCUCUCGCAAUGCAGGACAUAUUCGACCAGACGCCUUUCGCGGUUUCACAGCCUACAAAUCAUUCCACGGCGAGGAGCAGGCCCUGAAGAUUAUCGCCAAUGAGAGGACCGUGUUUCUUGCAGUCGACAACUUCGUAAAGAAGCACAACGUGCCGUUCGAUUUUGUCCCCACGACCACCUUUGACGUUUGCCUGACUCAGGAAUUUGCAGACCAUAAUGCCAAGAGCUUCGAGGCAUACCAGAGUGCUGGCGGCGACGUUUCUCACAUCAAGUUUUACCCUGCCGCGGAAGCUCGAAAAAAACACGCGUCCCGCAAGCUCUAUGCGCCUACGAAUGGCCAGCAGGUUCUGGCCAUCCUGCCAAACUGGCCCAAUGGCUCCUGGCCCAAUGUAUUGGCAAAGGCGUGCAAGCAGAUUCUCUGGGAUGUCAAUACGCCACGAGGUACUGUAACGACGCCAACAGUCAUUCACUGCACCAAUGCCUUCGCACCACAUUUGCUGCCGCAGCUAUCGUCCCUCGUCACACCAGAGCGCGCGCAGGCCCAUGCUUUCGUACCACCUGUGGCUCUCACCGGCAGCAAGGUGCUGCAGAGCACCAUCUCCCUGCGUAGGGGCCUGCGUUGGUUCUACUCGGUCAAUCAACGCCGUUCAGACGGCAUCAUCAUCCUCGGGUCCGCCUCGGCAAGCCCUAAAGUCAGUCAAGCGGCGUAUGCGGAAAGACAGACGGCCGACGACAGCGAGUUUAGCACGGAAAUUCGCGAUGAUGCCGUUGCCAACUUGCAUGACUGUCUACCAGAAUGUAGGCCAGAGAAGUUGCGCCACGGUGAGGGACUCCAGCACACAUGGACAGGUAUCAUCGGCAUGACGCCCGACAUGGUGCCUUUUAUCAGGAGGGUUGAUGGCUCCCCAGGACAAUGGGUUUGUGCCGGCUUCAAUGGACAUGGGAUGGCGAGAAUCUUUACGUGUGCGUCGGGCCUUGCAAAGAUGAUACUGGGUGGAACAUGGCGGGAUACCGAUUUACCAGAGUGUUUUGAGAUGACCUCAGAGAGACUUGGCAGAUUGAGAGAACAACAGCGAGAGCAAGCCGAGAAUUCUCUGAGGAAGGUUCAAAGAAUCUCAACUGCCUUACUUUCGGUUGAUAUGUUCGUACUUGAGAAAGUUGAAGCAGGCACGGCGGGGUCCCAUGAAGUUAUGUGCACGGACCAGACGUGUGAUGCGGGCGGUGUGGCCGCGCAUUUGCAUGUACCACGGCAGAAUACCAGAAUUUUGGUUCUUUCCAACUUUUGCAAGCACGAUCCCUGGACUCUAACACUCAUUGCCAUAAUGCCGCCGAGCACCAACAUGGUCCCCGAAACACCUCCGGGUAGAGGUAUAUCCUCUCGUCUGUUGACGAUGAAGUUCAUGCAAAGAGCUGCUGCCUCGGAUGCUACGCCGGAACCUUCUCCCGAAGAGCCCUCAUCUAAGCGGCGCAAGUUCCAAAACUCGCCUCUCACCGGCGACUUUCACUCCUUCGAUCAAACAGCCGUUCAGGCGGCUCUGAAGCAACAAGAAGCUAAGCGCUUGUCGGCAUUAGAGGCGUCUAGAGCAGAGCUUGCAGACACGCACUGGGUUCUUGAUGGUGCUUGGGGCAAGUCCACCGAGACAGAGAAUGCGCCGCCGAACAUUGUCUAUGUAGGAUACGCGGAUAUCGAUGUUGCCGAUGGAGAGGAGGAAGCCGCAGCCACUGCUACUGCACAGGUUGGGAGGAUGAAAAUUGAAAGCAGCAGAAAGAAGGCUACCAAGGAUGCCAAGAAGGAGACACCCAAAAAGAUGAAGCCCGAGUCGAGCGACUCCGAGGGCUCUAGCGAUUCCGACGACUCCAGUAAUGAAUCCAGUGACGAAGAUGAAGCCUCCUCCAGCGACGAAGAUGCUUCGAUAAAAACACCCCCGAAAGCCGUAAAAGGCCUCGCGUCUGGCGGCCAGGGGCGCACAAGGGUCAAUCUACAAGCGAAGAAAUCAAGCGAGUCUAUGAAGGCCAAGGAAUUCCGGGAGAAGAGAAUGAAGAAGGAAGUCAAAUUAAAUAAGCUGGCAUCUAUCUCCGGCGGUGCUACAGGCGGCUUCUCCGGAGCAGGAAAACCGAACGCGCCCUUCAACUGCCACAACUGCAACAAGCCGGGGCACAGGGCCGCCGACUGCCCACAGCGACGAGGAGGCAAGCGGAAGUCGUUUGAUAGAUCACGAUGA